CCAGGAAGGAAAAGGAAAGUUAGGGCUGAGGAAGGAAGCUUGUUAAGCUCAGAGCCUCAUGCAGUUGCUUUCCAGACAGCAGCCUCUUCCGAAAUGUUGAAGGGAACGCUGGAGGAUCUAGAAUGAUGCAAAAUUAAAGAAAAAAAAAGUCACCUCAGCCGGCCACCUUCCAUUCCUGUCAGAUGUCUUUAUGGUCAGCCCUCUGAGGGAAAUCACCUUUAUCUCGUUAGAAAACUGUCAACUGUUAUUUGGAAGCGGGGAACACCCUUUUGGGUUUGUGGAAACCACUUUGCAGAACUGCCAGGAGGGUCCACUAGCCGGGUGUAAGCACAUCCCUUGCAACAUUGAUAUUUUAUAGAGAGCUGAUCCUCCCAAUAACAUUUCCUUUUUACACCUUGGCAUUUAUUCAGUGUAGUUGGAGACUUAAAAAAAAAAAAAAAAAAAUCCAUUAUGCUCCUAAGUAAGAAGUGCAUUCUCAGUACCAGGUAACGUCUAGAUGAGAAUUAAAAAAAAAAAAGUUCCCUCUCUCUCUUCCGUCACUUCAUGGCAACCGUAAGCCCUUAAGUCUAGUUAUCUGUUUUCAGUGUAUUCCAAUUCCUACUUCAGUCAUUUUACUUAGCUCUUACUUACUACUGCUUCCUGGAGGAAACAGCGCCCAUCAAUCAUUACCCACUGUAGUCGUCAUCUCCAUAGUUUUCCACCUGAGCCGGCACCUUGCUCUGGAAUGCAGCUCUCAUGAAGUAGUGCUUAAGAUACACUUCUGUCCCACGCCCCACUCUGUCUGAAGACUUGGCAGGAGUCUGCCUGAUUAUCAGGAACAAUGCAGGGUUAAAUGCCAGGUGGCACGGCGGCCAGGGCAGGGUACAGCAGGUGGGAGAGAUGGGAAAGUGUGUAGCUGUUGAUUACGGGUUGACCCGUGUUUUUCUGUGCCUCACUCAAAUGCCAGAAGCCAUGGGAAAGUGCGCCGUGUGUUCUUGGAAAGCUUGUCACCGAGAUUUGCAUGAGCGCCGUAGGUUAGAGAGGCAGAUGCGAAGACCCGUCUGGUUUUGAGCAUCUCACCCUUCUUAGAGUUUGGGGGGCUGUGUCACAUGCAUUUUGUUCAGGACACACUCACAGAGCAACAUCCCCCAAGUGAUGCCACGUUUUCAUUGUCUUCCCUUCCCACUUCCCCCCUUCAGCCACCUCAGGUGUCUGUCGUAUCACACAGGAUGUCUUCCAAGCGACCAGCCUCUCCGUAUGGGGAGACAGAUGGAGAGGUAGCCAUGGUGACAAGCAGACAGAAAGUGGAAGAGGAGGAGAGUGAGAGGCUCCCAGCCUUUCACCUUCCCUUACAUGUGAGUUUUCCCAACAAGCCUCACUCUGAGGAAUUUCAGCCAGUUUCUCUGCUGACGCAAGAGGCUUGUGGUCCUAGGACCCCCGCUGCUCAGCACAGUACAAUGGAAGUCGAUGGCAAUAAAGUUAUGUCUUCAUUAGCUCCGUACAACUCAUCUACCUCACCUCAGAAGGCGGAAGAAGGUGGGCGACAGAGUGGGGAGUCGGUGUCCAGCGCAGCCCUGGGGACUCCUGAGCGGCGCAAGGGCAGCUUAGCGGAUGUGGUCGACACCUUGAAGCAGAGGAAGAUGGAGGAGCUGAUCAAGAACGAGCCGGAAGACACUCCCAGCAUUGAAAAGCUCCUCUCCAAGGACUGGAAAGACAAGCUCCUGGCAAUGGGAUCAGGGAACUUUGGAGAAAUCAAAGGGACUCCUGAGAGCCUCGCUGAGAAGGAACGGCAGCUCAUGGGUAUGAUCAAUCAGCUGACCAGUCUACGGGAGCAACUCCUGGCUGCCCAUGAUGAGCAGAAGAAGUUGGCUGCGUCUCAGAUAGAGAAACAGCGCCAGCAGAUGGAGUUGGCCAAGCAGCAGCAGGAGCAGAUCGCAAGGCAACAGCAGCAGCUUCUGCAGCAACAACACAAAAUCAACUUGCUCCAGCAACAGAUCCAGGUUCAAGGUCAGCUGCCGCCAUUGAUGAUUCCCGUGUUCCCUCCCGACCAGCGGACCCUCGCAGCAGCUGCCCAACAAGGAUUCCUCCUUCCUCCUGGUUUCAGCUACAAGGCUGGGUGCAGUGACCCUUACCCCGUUCAGCUGAUCCCAACCACCAUGGCAGCUGCCGCUGCAGCGACACCAGGCUUAGGCCCACUCCAGCUGCAGCAGUUCUAUGCUGCCCAGCUAGCUGCAAUGCAGGUUUCUCCAGGAGGGAAGCUCCUAGGCCUACCCCAAGGCAACCUUGGUGCUGCCGUGUCUCCUACCAGCAUUCACACAGACAAGAGCACAAACAGCCCACCACCCAAAAGCAAGGAUGAAGUGGCCCAGCCACUGAACCUAUCAGCUAAGCCCAAGACCUCUGACGGCAAAUCACCUGCGUCACCCACCUCUCCUCACAUGCCAGCUCUGAGAAUUAACAGUGGAGCGGGUCCCCUCAAAGCCUCUGUCCCAGCAGCGUUAGCUAGUCCUUCAGCGAGAGUUAGCACAAUAGGUUAUUUAAAUGACCACGAUGCUGUCACCAAGGCAAUCCAAGAAGCUCGCCAGAUGAAGGAGCAGCUCAGGCGAGAGCAGCAAGCACUGGAUGGGAAGGUGGCCGUAGUGAACAGCAUAGGUAUCAGCAACUGCCGGACAGAAAAGGAAAAAACAACACUGGAGAGCCUGACUCAGCAGUUGGCAGUUAAACAGAACGAAGAAGGGAAAUUUAGCCAUGGAAUGAUGGAUUUCAACAUGAGUGGAGAUUCUGACGGAAGCGCUGGGGUCUCCGAGUCGAGAAUUUACAGGGAAUCCAGGGGACGCGGUAGCAACGAGCCGCACAUAAAGCGUCCAAUGAAUGCCUUCAUGGUGUGGGCGAAAGAUGAACGGAGGAAAAUCCUUCAGGCCUUUCCCGACAUGCACAAUUCCAACAUCAGCAAGAUACUGGGAUCUCGCUGGAAAGCUAUGACCAACCUAGAGAAACAGCCAUACUAUGAGGAGCAGGCCCGGCUCAGCAAACAGCACCUGGAGAAGUACCCAGACUACAAGUACAAACCCAGGCCGAAGCGCACUUGUCUGGUAGAUGGGAAGAAACUGCGCAUCGGAGAGUACAAGGCCAUCAUGCGGAACCGGAGGCAGGAAAUGCGACAGUACUUCAACGUUGGGCAACAAGCACAGAUCCCUAUCGCUACGGCGGGCGUCGUGUACCCCGGUGCCAUCGCCAUGGCAGGAAUGCCGUCCCCUCACCUGCCCUCAGAGCACUCGAGCGUGUCCAGCAGCCCAGAGCCCGGGAUGCCCGUGAUUCAGAGCACUUACGGCGUGAAGGGAGAGGAGCCUCACAUCAAGGAGGAAAUCCAGGCUGAGGACAUCAACGGAGAGAUUUACGAGGAGUACGAGGAGGAGGAGGAGGACCCCGACGUCGACUAUGGGAGUGACAGCGAAAACCAUAUUGCAGGACAAGCCAACUGAUCAGGGCCAACGGACCGCGGUGAGCUGAGGACUUGAAGAAGCCCUAGCUGGUUCAUCCUUAGUAGUGGCCAAGCACAUUAACUCUCUCAUACACUGACUGUUAUUUUAACUGUUAGUCUUAAAUAGUUGGGACAUCAGCUGACAAAUAGACCUCAGCCUCAAAAGGCUCGGAAAGGAAAGAAAGAAAAAUAAAAAAAAAAAAAAACAAACAAAAACUACAAGCAAACGUCAUUGACAACAAGAGAUCGAAAUAAGCUAUGGGUAACCAAUGCCAGUAAAUCAGCUGCUACACCCCAGCACUGAAGUCUCACCCAUCAACUUUUUUUUUUUUAAAUAAACUUUAUGGCUGUUUGUUCUA